ACUACUGUUUCAACCCAGUCAAGGAACAACAAAAACAUGUCGGAGCGCGACAGGCUUUAACACUUUCACAGCAUCAUCGAUAGUCAACGAUUCGACCGACUGCUAUAUGAUUCCCGUCGCGUUAACGCCCGACAACCCGGAAAGAUGCCGCAGAAAGCACUGGGAUCCAUUGUAGGUCUUCUUUGUACCGGGACCUGUCUGGUGCAGGGGAAGGAGUUCUGUUUCGGGGUAAACAAUGAGCAGUACCGCUGUGAGAUGGGGUACUGCUGUGGAGAGACAGAAUGCUGCACCUACUACUAUGAGCUCUGGUGGUUCUGGUUGGUGUGGACCCUGAUCAUCAUGCUCAGCUGCUGCUGUGCCUACCGACACCGGAGGGUUAAGAUGCGUCUUCAGCAGGAGCAACGUCAACGUGAGAUCAGCCUCAUGGCCUACCAAGGCGCCUCCAGCUCCUUCAUUUCCCCUCCACCGCUCAAUCUACGUUUCUGGAACGACUGCAAGCUUCCUGACUAUGAAGAGGUGGUAGGUCACCCCCCCACACCACCUCCUCCUUACUCUGAAAACCCCCCUGAGACUAUUCCAGCACUCCUUCCUCAAGUGAGCCAGCCAGACGCCAUGGUGCCACAGCCCCCACCUGAGGCCGACCCGAGGGUGGACAGUGAGGCCUCCGGCUCAUCAUCAAACCAGGAAGCAGUGUCGAUGUCGAUCCAAGCACAAUGUCUGGCAGAGGAGAACGUAGAGGCUUCACUGAUGGCGGCGGCCGUGGAUGAAGAAGAAGAAGAAGAAGAAGAGGAGGACGAGGAGCUUGUCACUCGACGUCGCCACGUAACCGGCGACUCAGGGAUCGAGGUGUGCGUCUGCCAGCUGGACGUAGACGAAGGAUCGGGGCUCGAAGAGGAAAGCGACGAGGAGCACCGGAUGUGCAAGGUCACCGGUCAGGACUGCUGCUCCGGACACCAGCGCCAGACCUUCAGACAGAAGGAGCACACCUCUGAGCUGCCCAGCCAGACCGCCAGCACCAGCACCGGAGACCACAUGGUGUGAUCCACCGCGUAACUUAACCAGCCGACCAGCGUGGCUUUCUGCUUCACGCAGGGUGUAUCAUCAUCGUCGUCGUCGUCAUCAUCAUCAUCAUCACCACAGAGACUGUUUGUGUUUUAAUCCUUUGAACUAACACACAGGCGUGACGUUAAGAUGAUGAUGAUAACUAAUACUUAAUGGCUCCUGAUGAGGAAACAUGAAUAACAUUGUGUGGACAAACUCCAGUAUUUCUUUGUUUGUUUUUUUCCUUUUCUUUUUUAGUGGGGAUUUUUUUUUUUUUUUUUCUUCGUAACAAAUUAGACAGCGUCGUGGGUAGUGAGGCGACAACAAUUGAUUGUGACAGAUACCAGAAUUGACUGUUUCCUUUACUCCUACCCUCUCCUUGGGGACUGCUGUCAUGUUUCCGUUUCUGUGCCGCCACUAGGCUUGGUCAUAACAUUUCCGGCCAUCCCUUCCAUCUGACAUUUUACCUCCGGUGGGACGGUCAGUUAGGAGCAAACCAACACGGUCAGCAACAUUUCUCCCCUAUCUCCUCUAUGACCCUGAAGCAGAGGAGUCAACAACAAACCUCUUGAAAACUGAAAUGACUGGAGCGCACAUUUUUUCUUUUUUUACCCAAAGCUGUGUGUUCGUUGAAAUCUAGGACACAGCUGCAUGAUGAUGUCAGCUCUGAGGUCAUUGCAACGAGCGUCUCGUGUGAAGUCUGUGGGAAUGUUUUCGCAUCUAGAGUGGGUGAGACUUUUCACUCACAAGCGGCAGAGGAGAGAAACAAGAAGGAGUUGAGUGAUGUUUGUCUCUGGGUUCUAAAUGUCAUAUACACCCCCCCCCCCCCCCCCCCCAGCCCUUUAUUCUUUUUUGAUAUCCAAAUUGUGGUCUCCACAGCUCUGUGGUCACCAAUCAGCAUGACUGUAGGUGAGGAAGGAUUAGGGAGUUAUUAAUUGUGUGCACGUCAUCCCCCCAUCCCCUCUACUCCGGUUUCUGACUGCAUUCAAUUCAUAGUUAUAGCCAAGAGGGCUAUGCCACCGAUUUUGUAAUCAAUAAAAAGCCUUGUGGCUCUGUCUUUUAGUUACUGUGUUAUGUCAGAGUGUGUAGUGGCAGCAUUUUGCUCAUUCUAAACAUAAGUAGUAUAUAGCUCAUAAAGAAGGUUGUACUUGCUUUUUUUUUUUUUCAUUUCAUAACCAGCUUUGCAUCAAUAAAGGCCGCAGGUGUCCCCAUUAAUUGCAAUAAAGCUCCUGACGUGGAGCUGCUAGAGUGUGUACUAGUGAGUGGGUGUCAUAGUGCAGUUGGGAAGGGUUUGAGUCUUGUGCGUUUUGUAUAUCUUUAUAGUGCUGUAGCAUCUGGUUGUAGUACUUGCUCAGCACUGAGGUGGAUUAACUAUUAAAAAGCACUGGUAUUUUGCAUGACGCAUGAAUUUCUGUGUUCUUAUUUGAGUUAAUUAGUAUUUUCUAGUAGUUGAGCUACUUGCUUUGCUCAUCUGUUUUAUAAAAAAUCGUGGGCUACAGUAGCUACACAUCUGUGCACCCAGAUGUUAGGGUAAAGAAACGGACUGUGGUUAAAGUUUGAUUGUGUUCCGACUGUGUGAGCAAUGCUAUGCUGUUGUGCAGUGCUGGUAGCUAGUAGAGAUUUGCAGAGGUAUUUUCCAUUGGCAGCAGAGGAAGGGUGCGUUAGCAAGUUGUAGGUGAAUGCAGGCUCUGCUCUGCAAUCCAGUGCGUGUCGGCACAGCUGCAGACUCUUUUGUGAUUAACUGCAUGCUUCACUGUGUUGCAUAUCGUUUGACCAAUCUAACGCACGGUAUGUGGAUAGCCGUCAAACUGGUUGUUGUGAGAUAGGAUAACCACCGCAAAACAAAAUUGAUAAAAAAAAGAUUUAAAAAAAGUCUGUGCAAGAGACAAGUAGUAACUGACAAGUCAGUGAAUGUUUCAUUGAGAAUUUAGUCCAGAACAAUGUCCCAGAACUUUGUAUUAGUUUGCUCUGAUACUGUGUGUCAAAAUGGGCACAGUGUAAAGACUCAGGUCAGUCAUUCUGCUUCACAAAAGCACAGAUGCUCACAAAGUACUUGUCCUGAUUGUGUUUUAUCAUUGUUAUAGUGGGUAGCCUUAAUGGUGUAAAUCCAUAAAAGGUUAAAAAAAAAAAAAAAAAAAAUGUCCUUGAUACAGUAAAUUGGCUUAAUUAGCAGUUUAGACUUGCAGUUACCACUUAACAGACUCCAAAGAUGUUAUUUAAAAAAAAAAAUAUUAAAAAAAUUGAGCGGUGACACUGGGUUCUGCACACGAAUGUGUAUACAUGUACGGCCCAUGUGGCUGUGGUUGUAACUCUACCAUUUAAGCUGCACCACCCACUGCUGUGGUGUAAGUGUAAGAAAAACAAUACAAGUGGGCCAGUGCACCACAAAUAUCAAUAUAAUGUGCAACACAAAAUGCAUGCAUGGCUGCCUAAGGCUUAAAUUGAAAGAAGAUUCUGUGACAUGUUCAUUAAAUAGACUUAAUCAAACAUGCCAUUAGCGACCCUUUGUGUUGUUUAGUCGAGCAGGUGCUUAGAUAUGAAGCCAAACCAACAUGACAACGACCUUUUCAGAGGAGCUGUUACACUGUGAGCAUGACUGCACACCCAUUAGCAGAGGUAAUAUAAGACAUUUUUUGACCAACACACCUCAAGCUGCCUCUACAGAGCAAACGUCUUGCUUAUGGAGCUGCACGAUAAAGUAUAGCCUCUGUAUGCGGAAACAGAUUUGCUACUGCCUUAUUAGAGUAGAUGUAGUUCCUUUUUGAACGGUAAUAAUAGUUGUGUUGUUCCCUAGCAUGAUUGCUUCAGAGCAGAAGAGUGCUUUUGUGGCAAUAGAAAGUAGCCUCCGAGCUUGUUCCGAGAAAGUGCGCUCGCUUUACGAGAAGAGGAUGUGGUUUAAAAACGUUGAAAGCCACCAGAUCUAAACUGUCCUGUUUAGGUAGAGUUUUACUUUCAUUGGUUUUUGUAUCUGGGGGCUGGUUUUGUUGAAUUUAAAAAUACUGUGUUUGCAGUUAGUUGUGGCACUGAUGGAAUAAGUCAAGACCAGAUUUAGAGUUUGCUUUCAUCCUGUUUUUGUUCUACGGAUCUGGUCGAAAUUAGUUUGUGAUGUUAGCUGGCUUGAAAGAAUGAGGAAAAAAAAAAAUAUUCUUUUUGUUUUCUAUGUUUUUUUUUUCGUGAUUCCUCCUAUCUGUGUUUUGUGUUUGGGGGAAAGAGAUUGCUUUGUUACCUUCUUACUAAGCUGCAUUUUGCUUUUUUGUAUACAUAUGUAGAUAGAAUAAAAGGGGAGGGGGAGGCUAGGGGUUCUUUUGUGCAUGAGGGAACUGGAGGUCUGUAGUUUUCCCAUUGCCAAACAGCAACUAUGCCUCUCUGUUUUUCACGUGUUUACAGAGAUAAAGGGCUAUAUCAGUCAUCGAGUGUGGACAAACAUCCAUCCAUCCGUUUCUCUGAGUGACUCGUCUCCUCUGUUUUGUUCACUUAAAGCCACAGCUGCCGAGAUCCACUAUCUGAACAUGGUCAGUUUUUUAGGGUUCCGAUGUUAUUUUAAUGUUUUGGUGGAGCUCAUAUUUACCAACGGCUGAUUGUACAUGACUGUGUAUGUUUGUUUAAUAGGCUUUAACUUUGCCUUUUUGUUUUUUAUCAAACGGAGGUGCGUGAUGUGACUUCCCUCCUAACCCCCCCCAAAUAAUAACGAUCCUCUCUUACGUUACUUCAUGUGUGGCUGUGACGAUAGUGUGUGUGUGUGUGUGUGGUUGUCAAUUUGGUUUCCCACUCUCAGGGUUAUCUUUAACAAGCAGUGCUAGAGUUUUAAAUGAACACCUUUUUGACCCACCAGUCUCAUAAAGCCAAAGCAGUUCUUUCAUGUUAAUUGUUUCCCCCACAGUUGUCUGCUGUUCAUUUCUGCAUCACGCAUCUCUGUAGUCUAUUGUACUUUACUCAACUAGGCUAUGCAAAAACAUAAACCUACUGUUAAAUGCUGCGAGCCCUCUCUCAAUCUCUGUGUCAUUUGUCUGUUGUCACCAGUACAAGCAAUAUAACUCUUGAGUACUUGUGACACUGCACUGUACUGUAAUCUACUUUGGUUGGUGUGCGUACAUGUAUUUGUUGAAGAAAAUCUGUAAAAAAACAAACAAAAAAACAACUUGUAAUGCUACCUGCGAUGUGAGAGUGUAUGCUUCAAUGACAGUUGAGGGGCUUGAGUUAAGCCAUUCUAGUUUAUACAGUGGGUACGGAAAGUAUUCAGACCCCUUUAAAUUUUUCACCCUUUGUUUCAUUGCAGCCAUUUGCUAAAAUCGAAAAAGUUCAUUUUUUUUCUCAUUAAUGUACACUCAGCAACCCAU